AUGCCUUAUGUCCUUUCUAAUGCUCCAGUUUUUUAUCAGAAUAUCAUUUCAAAGACUCUCAAGUCUUUCUUCGAUUCAGGAAAGGUCCUUGUGUACAUAGAUGACGUCCUUUUGCUAUCCGAUACGAUACUCGAAGGAUUAGCCCUACUACGACGAGUCUUAGAAACCCUUACUUCCUCUGGUUUCUCUGUAAAUCUUAAGAAAUGUACCUUUCUUAUUAGUGAAAUAGAGUAUCUUGGGAGGGUUAUCAGUAAUGGUCAGGUUAGGCCGAGCAUUCGUAACUUUCAGGCAUUGGUUGAUUCCCCAAAACUUCGAAGUGUUAAACAAGUUCAACAGUUCCUUGGCCUUGCGUGCUAUUUCAGAAGAUAUAUUCCAAAUUAUGCCCAGCAAACAGCUUGUAUCGUACUUUUAACUAAAAAGAACAUGCCGUUUGAGUGGGGAGUCGAACAAGAUAAAGCUCGUCAGUAUAUUAUUGACCGUUUAACAAACAAACCCGUCCUUGCCAUAUACGACCCUCAGUUACCUACGGAGGUGCACACAGAUACAAGCGCUAUCGGCUACGGUGCAGUCUUAAUACAGAUUCAUGAGGGUGGGCUUAGGCGUGCAGUAGCGUAUUUAAGUAAAUCAACCCAAGGCGCGGAACCCAAAUAUCAUUCCUAUGAAUUGGAAACUCUAGCUGUAGUUAAAGCUCUCCAGAAUUUUAGAAAGUACUUGUUAGGCGUAUCCUUUAAAAUUGUUACGGACUGUAACGCUCUAAAGCUAACCGAGCGUAAAAAGGACUUGCUUCCCCAUGUAGCUAGGUGGUGGUUAUCCAUGCGAGACUUUCAGUAUACUUUCGAAUACAGGAAGGGGUCUUUAAUGUCCCAUGCCGAUUACCUAAGUAGGAACCCUGUGGAGGUAUGCCAUAUUCAAAACCCCAAAAAUUGGACCAAGUUAGCUCAAUCUGCAGAUGAGGAGACACUUAAUCUCAUUGAUGAAUUCAAUAACGGUCAACUAGACUCUUCCCGAUACGAGUUACGAAAUGGACUAUUAUAUGUCAAAUAUUUUCCCAUUGGCGAAGAAUCCCGCCUAUUGUGCUAUAUUCCCAAGGGAUUUAGACUGAGUCUGCUUCAUGUGUUUCAUGAUGACCAAGACCACAUUGGGUACGAUAAAACGAUAGAACUUAUUUUGCGUUAUUUCUGGUUUCCUGGAUUACUGCCUUUUGUUAGGAAAUAUCUCAAGCAUUGUAUUGUGAGUCUGUCACACAAACGGAUGCCACGUGCCCCUCAUCAACCCAUCGAAUCUUGGACUAAGCCAGACGUACCAUUUUCCGUAGUACACAUGGACACACUUGGUUUAUUGCCUGAAUCUCAAGAUUAUAAACACGUAUUGCUUAUUAUUGAUGCAUUUACGAAAUAUUGA